AAAAGGACUGUUUAAGCCCGGAAGAAAUGGUUCCAGUAAACCCUGCAGCUAGUUUAUAACUGUAAUUAAUUGUGAAACUUAAUAUUUUACAUUUUGAAUUAAUAUUUUAGUCCAUUUUAAUUAAUGGGAGUUGUCUCUUCGAGGAUUGGACACAGGAUAAAACUUGUAAGCAGGAUCAAUCAGGUGAAUUCUUUUCUGCAUUUCCCUCGUGCUUCUGGAUCAAGUUUCAGUGAAGAAGAUGCCUUCCUUAGUGUGCCAGAUCCCGAGUCUCCACGUUGCUGGCUGUUUUUUUCACAUUCUUCAUUACUUUUCAUAUUUGCAAGGUGGAAUCAGGUAGAUAUCUGCUCCAAAUUAAUGUGUGUUCUCCUGCUGCUGCUGAAAGGUUUAUUUAGUUUUUUAUUGACACAUUGCACCAAUUGUAGUCUUUUAUGGAAAAUGGAAAAGAAAAUGUGAGAAGUUCCAGAUGGCAUCAACAUCAUUGUGUGGGAAGAAAAAAUAAAUACAUCUAAAAUAAAAAGUUUUCCUCUUUCUCCCCAGGCAUACAGAAGAAUAGCUCUUUAUGUAUCGCCCAAUCAUAUUUCCAUAUUUCUGUGUGAUUUUAUGUUCCUCAUUACCACAGUAUCCUAACAUCCUCCUUCUCGUCAUUCCACUGGCUUUUCAAAACCAAUAUUGAGGAGGAAAAUUCUCUUUUACAUGACAUUUCAAUGAUUUGAUAUUUGUAUCUAAUUUUAAAUGUGAUUAAAACAUCAAGGCACUAAUAAAUUUUAUGGGAUACAAUGUUCAGAAAAUGCCCAGUGAAAAAUGUUGACAUUUCUAUGACAAGAAAAUACAUAUGCUGUACUUAUUCAGGAUAUUCUAUCCUUUCACAGACACUGAAUAUCUUAGGUUGGGCAGUCAGCUGCAAUUCAAGUUGCUCAGUCCUUUCUAUUUUAAACCUGUGUUUUCCCUUAUUUGUCAUUUUCCCAGUCGAGGCUGAAAUUCUGCAAGGUGGGUAUGCUUCUCAUGUUGAAUAUCUCGGAUUUCCCUUGUUACCACUGAGCUUAUUUUGGGGUGCUUUGGUAUAUUUUACAGCCCUAUUUACAGGUGUUGGACCUGAUCAGCCAAUCACUGCCAUUGUGGGGGAGGCGAUCAUGUUCCCAUGCCGCCUGUCCCCCAACACGAGCGCUGAGAACAUGGAAGUGAGGUGGUUCCGACCUGGGUCUACAAAUGAUGUUCAUCUGUACCGUGAUGGGAGAAAUCAGUUUGGACGACAGAUGCCAGAAUACAAGACAAGGACAGCGUUUUGGAAAGACGGCAUCACAGAUGGAAAUGUUUCCUUGAGGAUUCUCAAUAUUCGGCCUCCAGAUGAAGGGCUAUACAUCUGCCUUGUUGAUGAUGGUAUUACUUAUGAAGAAGCUGUAAUAGAACUGAAGGUAGCAGCUUUAGGCUCUAAUCCUGUCAUCUCUGUGGAGGAUUACCAGAAGGGAAGGAUCUGCAUGAUGUGUCAAUCAGCAGAGUGGUAGCCAGAUCCCCAGGUGCUGUGGAGAAAUGCCCAGGGGCAUCAUAUAGCAUCGCUUUCUGAAAUAAAUCCCCAAAGUUGAGCGGCCUGUUUCAAACAGAAAUUUCUGUUGUCAUAAACGGACACUGAAACCAGAACUUGUCCUGUUGGAUCAGGAACAGCCUCCUCGACCGAGAGAAGGAAUCAGCAAUUCAUAUAUCAGAUACAACAAGAAUCCAAAUGCUGCAUAAUUGCCAAAAAUUUCAGUUAUAUGGCUACAUAAUUUCCACUUAACCAUGUAAAGGAAACCUUCAACGAGAACUUGGGUGGAAAAGAGCUGUGAUCUGUCCAGCCCAGUUCACAGUGCUUGGACCUGCCACCCCUAUCACUGCCAUCGUGGGUGAGGACAUUGUGUUACCCUGUUACCUGUCCCCUAGGAUGAGUGCUGAGAACAUGGAGGUGACGUGGUCACGACCCCAAGUCUUAUCAGCUGGACAUCUGUACCAUGAUGGAAAGGAUCGUGCUGAGUUUCAGAUGCCACAAGAUCAGGGGAGGACCGAGUUUCUCAAAGAGAACAUUGCCAAUGGAAGUGCUGCUUUGAGAAUACGUAAUGUCAGACCCUCCGAUGAAGGACAAUAUGAAUGUUUUUUUCAGUCAAGUACUUUUUAUGCAGGAGCCACAUUGGAGCUGAAGAUAGCAGGUUUAGGGUCUAAUCCACACAUCUCAAUUGAGGAUUAUCAGGAUGGAGGGAUUCGAGUAGUUUGUCAGUCUACUGGCUGGUACCCUGAACCAGAGGUGCUGUGGAGAGAUGCUACUGGGAAGCAUUUACAAUCGCUAUCUGUAAGAAAAUCUGAAGUGGAGAACGGCUUGUUUGAAAUACAAGCUUCUAUCAUUAUUGCGCAGCAUACCAAUCAGAAGUUGUCCUGUUGUAUCCAGAACAGACAUGCCAAUCACGAGAAAGAGUCGACAGUUUACAUAUCAGAUAUAUUUUUCCCCAGGAUGAAUCCCUGGAUCCUAGCCCUUUGUAUGAUUCUGGGGCUUUUGUUUCUUUUCAUUGGCCUUACUGUUCAUCUCUUUAAGAGAAAAGGGAAACUUACUGCAGAAAUUGGGAAACUUACUGCAGAAAUCGGCUGGAGACAAUGUACUCUACCUGUAACACAAGAAAAUGUGACUUUGGAUCCAAACACAGCUCAUCCCAUCCUCACUCUGUCCAAGGAUCAGAAAAGUGUGAGAUGGGCAGACAAACAGCAGGAUCUGCCUGACAAUCCAGAAAGAUUUGACACGUGGUGCUGUGUGCUGGGCUAUGAGGCAUUCACCUCAGGGAGACAUUACUGGGAGGUGGAGGGUAAGGGAGAUUGGGUUGUGGGAGUCGCCAGAAGGUCUAUGAAGAGGAAAGGAGAGAUCAUUUUUAACCCUGAGGAGGGGAUCUGGGCAGUGCAGAUGUGGGGAGGUCAGUAUAGGGCUUGCACCUCCCCGCUGAGCCCCCUGACUCUGAGAGAAGUCCCCAGGAAAAUCAGGGUAUAUCUGGACUACGAAGGGAAGGAGGUAACAUUUUUUGAUGCUGAUAAAGGGACCAAAAUCUUCACUUUUGCACAAGCCUCAUUCGCUGCGGAGAGGAUCUGUCCGUGGCUCGGGAUGGGUGCAGGACCUCGGCUCACACUGCAUCCCUGACCUGGCGAGGAGGGCACAAAAACAUUUCAAGUAUACAGUCCAAGACAGAGACAGAGCAAGGUGUCUUGAUGACAAGCAAUGGUGCUUGAGUUGGGGUUCUGCAGUAAGAAAUGGGCAGCCUGUGAUCUCACCCCUCCUCCAGAGAAAGGGCUGAGACCCGUUCUGUAAAUAAUACCAGUAAUUUACACUAAAGAUACCCUGACAUUGGCUCUCUAAAAUGGGGUUUGGGGGUCAAUGCUCAAGAUACCUCCAGUUUUGUCCCACUCUAAAUAAUAGAUGGGAGAGCUUGGAAGCUCUUUCUGUGUUGUGUGGAGAGUGGUGACAGGGGUUAAAGCAACCUGCUACAGCUUUGGAGAUGUAAGUACAAACCGUACUGUGCACUUUGACCAAAGUCUGCUCUCUGUUGACCUCACUGUAAAUGGAUCCUGGUCAGUCAGAAAUCAGGGUGGUUGGACUAGAGGCUGCUCAGGUCACUUCCUGCAGAUGGUUGUCUAAGGACUACACUUAAGCACACUAGCCUAGCAGGUUACUAGGCUCAGAUGGACCUUCCUUCUUUCUCCUGCGGGUAAUCACAAGCAUUCAGGA